AUGUUGCGCUGGGGCAUUCUGGGCACCAGCUUCAUCAGCGACGUAGUGGCGCGCGCCAUCGUCGCCAGCGACGGCUCGCACAUCCAGGCCGUGUUCGGGCGUGACUCGGCGCGCCUGUCAGCCUUUGCAUCGCGGCACGGCAUCACGACGCAGUACAGCUCUCUGGAGGCUCUUCUCGCAGACCCCGCCGUGGACGCCGUGUACGUCGGGCUUCCGAGCCACAAGCACGCGGCGGCGGUGCUCCUCGCAGUCGCGGCGGGCAAAAAAGCCAUCCUGUCAGAAAAGUCGCUGGCGACGACCAUGGCGGACGCGCACGCCAUGACGGCCGCCGUGCGCGCCGCCGGCGACGUCUUCUUCCUCGAGGGCCUCAUGUACCUCGCGCACCCGGUCAUGGCGGCGCUCGUCGCCGUCGUGGCCGGGGGCCGCCUCGGGCGGCUCCGCGGAUUCUCAGCCUACUACGCCGCCGACAUCGCGGCCAAGGCGAACCCGCGCGGCCGCGGCACCAUCUACAACCUCGGCUGCUACCCGGUGUCGCUGCUGCACCUGGUGCUCGAGACGGCCGCCGGCGGCGCGUGGCGGGGGGGGAAGCGCACCGUGCUCGGCCAGGGCACGCUCGCCACGAGCGACGACGGCGUCACGUACGCGCGCGACGCCGCCCUCACCGUGCGCUUCGAGGACGCCGGCGUGCUCGCCACCAUCCAGUCGUCCGACUCGUUCGGCAACGACUUUGCCUGCACUAUUCAGGGCGAGACGGCGUCGCUGACGUUUGUCACCAACCCGUGGCUGCCGCCGGCCGGGGACAGCGUCUUUCGCAUCAAGACGUACAAGGGCGGCGCCGUGGAGACGGUCACGGUGCCGAGCGCCAUGGACGCGUUUGGCCACCAGAUUCAAAAGGUCCAAGACUACGUCGCGUCCGGCGUCAGGGAGCCCACCCGGCCCUCGCCGAGCUGGGCUGACUCGGUCGAGAUUAUGGAGUUGUUGACCGAGUGGGAAGCCGACAUCUUUGCGCGCCAUGGUAAAGAGAUUCAAGUGUAG